AUGAGUCCUGCGCACGAUUUGUCGUACGUUUUCAUCCUUCCUCGCCUGGAAGAACACGCGGAUGCCUUUCCCAACAGUCCGCCCGAACUGCAGCGCCAGACCUGUCUGGAUGCCUGUUCUUUCGCCAGAGAGGAGUAUUUGGAGACGGCGGCGAUUCUGGCGGGCUCCAAACAGGCCGUUUGCCCACUGCCCUCCAGCUGGCCCGAGUCCUGCCAACAGGUGUGUGUCACGGAUGCGGACUGCCAUCCGCCGAGGGUUACUCGUUGCUGUCAGAGCGACGUCUGUGCACGCAGUAAUGGCGGCGGAGGUGGUGGUGGCGUUCUCCGUUUCGCCGGAUCUGUCUCCCAGACUCCGCCCACUGGUGUCUGCAUGCAGGUGGUGACCACGAUAAAAGGUACGCAUAAUAACGAUACCAAUAAUCAGCAUCACCAUCACCACCAUCGUCAUCGGCAUCAUCAUAAUUACAACCAUUGCUAUCAUUAUCACGUUUCAGUCAUAAUUGCAUCCUGUAAAAAACAUUAUAAGAAGCGCACACGUCACUAUCGUAGUGAUAACUGA